AUGGGAAUGCGACCACCGAAAACAAUCCUAGUCACACCGUCGUGUCUUUGGUCAACCUGGAAACCGUUUCCACUUCACGGACAGUUGGCUUCCGAUGACUCCUCUGUUUCUUCUGUUUCGGGUCCACAUAGAAGCACAAGAGCUGUUGUGACCAACAAUGAGAACACUGAGGUCGUGUCUGAUCACAAGCAGUCCGUUGUUCACGACAAGCUUUACAGUCCCCCGGAUUUAGCUGGUAAGGCUUUUGCAAAUCUGGGGGAGCUUCAAAUGCUGUACCCCGCCAUCCAGACCACAGCCACCGGGAGAUGCGACCGCAAAGUCCACCCUUCGUCUGCCCAUAUAUAG